AGGCGUUGAAUAAACAUCGUAUAUCGCAACCAAGUACCUUAUUGACCUAGACUUGAGACGACAUCAGCAAUGGAAGGUGAUACUACAGUAAAUGAUGCUACUUCUAUAGAUAAGGAUAAAUGGACCCUAGAAAAUGUUAAUGACAUGCAAUUUAAGCUAAUAGCACAUAAAAAGCAAGCUAAAAAAAGAAAGGUUGAACAUAAUGAUGCCAAGGAAUGUGAUGAAAAUAAAGAAGUACUACUAGUACAUGAUGAAAAAACUGUUGGCAUGUCAUUCAAGGAUUUGGGUGUCCCGGAAUGGUUAAUACAAUUGGCAUCCGCCGUCAGUAUCAAGGCACCAACAAAAAUCCAAGAGUUGUGUCUACCAGCCGCAUUCAGUGGACAUAAUGUGAUCGGUUGUGCACAAACCGGUACUGGUAAAACCAUAUGCUUCUGCUGGCCUAUACUAGUAGCAUUGGCGAAAAACCCAUAUGGAGUUUUUGGACUGGUACUCACGGGAUCCAGGGAACUUGCAUUCCAAAUAGGAGACCAGUUCAACGUCUUUGGAGUACAAAUGAAUAUAAGAAUAUGCGUAUGUGUAGGAGGCGAUGACUUCGUGGAGCAGUCGCUGCAAUUAGAAGCACGACCACACGUAGUAAUAGCUACACCAGGAAGGUUAGCAUACCAAGUGGAUAUCAAAGAGCGUAAUAUCGCAAAUGUAUUCAAAAAAGUAAAAUAUCUAGUUUUCGACGAGGCAGAUAAGCUAUUGCAUAGCGAAUUCGAAGAGCCUCUACAACAGAUUUUAAAGUGUCUACCCACCACAAAUGAUGGAAGAAUUACGUACCUCUUCUCAGCUACAAUAACAAAGGCUAUACAAGAGCUCUCUAAAUCGUUCAAGGGUACGCAAUUCCACAUGUUUGACGUAACUAAAGGGCAAGAAGAACAAUUCCAUGAAUUGGAUCUAAAGCAAAAUUACCUCUUCCUACCAGAAAAUGUACACCUGCCGUACCUAGUCCAUCUACUGCAAACGCAACUCUUGGAAAGGGAAACCGAUCAAGGAAUAAUCUUUACAGCUACCAAGAAAAAAUGCCAAUUGACAGCAGUUGCUCUGGAAUAUUUAGAUUUCAAAGUAACAUGUAUACAUUCAUUGAUGAAACAGAGAAAAAGAAACGCAUGCCUGGCUAAGUUCCGAACCGGGGUGUCAAAAAUACUAGUAGCAACAGAUCUAAUCGCCAGAGGUAUAGAUAUACAGGCAGUAUCAUUCGUAGUCAACCUAGACUUCCCAAGGACUACAGAAGAUUAUAUCCAUAGAGUAGGUAGAACAGCAAGGUCAAAAAGCACGGGAAUUGCAAUAUCAUUCGUAGAUGAAUUUGAUAUCGAAAAAUUAAAGACAGUGGAAAAAGCAGCAAACAUAAAGUUAGAAAAACUAGAAGUUGACGAUGCGCAGGCAGUGAAACUACUUAACAAAGUCUCGAUGGCCACUCAAAGAGCCCAGAUAUACCUACAGGAAAAUAACUACUUUCAAAAUAAAUAAACGCCUAGAUCUCAAUAAACGUAGUAGACAACAAAUGAACACCGUUUGUGUGUAUGGCCUUCCACAUGU